AUGGGAAAAAGCAACUGGCUUAGUACUCACGCUCAGGGUACCAGCGAUCCUCCCGAGGUUCGCAAUGGCCACAUCCACCUAGUCGCCCUCGUGGCGUCCAUGUCUGCCCUAGCCAUGGGUUAUGACACCUCAGUUAUUGGCGGCACGAUGGCGCUCGACUCCUUCAUCCGCGACUUCAAGACGGGUGAGCUGGAGCCGUACGUCCGUGACACCGUCCAGGCAAAUAUCGUCUCUACCUUCCAGGCAGGAUGUGCCGCUGGUGCGCUCUUCACGUUUCCCCUCGCGGAACGUAUCGGCCGCCGCUGGACCAUUGUCUUUGGCGCCCUGGUCUUCCUGCUCGGUGGCACGCUGAUGACGGCUGCCAUGGGUAACAUGAACAUGAUCUAUGCCGGACGUGCUAUCGCCGGUCUCGGCAUUGGCUGCACCUCUCUCACCGUCCCUGUCUACAUCUCGGAGACUGCACCUCCGUCCAUUCGUGGUCGUCUCGUGGGCAUCUUUGAGAUUGCCUCCCAAGGAGGAGGCAUGCUCGGGUUCUGGAUCAACUACGCAACCAACCGCACCAUUGAUGUAGAGAGGCAAGCCCAAUGGAUUAUUCCUCUGGGUGUGCAGCUCAUCCCUGGCGUCCUUCUCGUGAUUGGUAUGAUCUUCUUCUGCCCUGAGUCGCCCCGCUACCGGGCUCGCAAGGACGACUUUGAGGGGUGUGAGAGAAUUCUGUGCAAGCUGCGCAACCUCCCGGCCGACCACCCGUACAUGAUCAACGAGAUUGCCGAGAUCCGCGAGCAGAUCCAGAUGCGUUCCACCUUGCAGAUGAGUAAGAAGGACCAGUUCAUGAAGCUAUUUCAGAAGGGUACUCGCAACCGGAUGGGUAUUGCCAUGGGCCUCAUGUUCCUUCAGUCUUUCACUGGCACCAAUGUCAUUACCUACUACGCUCCUCGUAUCUUCCAGAGCAUCGGCAUCACAGGCACCUCCAACAAGCUCUUCAGCACCGGUUUCUACGGCAUUGCCAAGACAGCUGGCAUGAUUGCCUUCACUGUGAUUGUUGUUGAGCGCGUCGGCCGCCGCAAGGGUCUGGUCUGGGGCUCUGCGCUCGGCAUGAUCCCCAUGUUCUUCCUGGGCGGCUACGUUCUUGUUGCCGAUCCCACUGCCAAGGUCAGCACGGGCGCUGUCCAGCAAGACUCGUGGGGCUACGUUGCCAUGGCUGCCAUCUAUCUGAAUGCCUUCAUCAUUUGUGCUACCUGGCAGGGCAUCACAUGGACGUACGCGUCCGAGAUUUUCCCGCUCGACAUCAGGAUGCUCUGCGUUGCCAUCACGACCUGCACGACCUGGAUCGGCUCCUUCACCAUCGCCCGCAUCACGCCGCACAUGAUUACGAGCCUGGGAUACGGCACGUACUUCUUCUUUGGCGCCGUGCUGGUCGCGAUGGGCGUCUGGGCGCUCUUCUUCGUCCCCGAGACCAAGGGUGUUUCAUUGGAAGACAUGGACGGCCUGUUCUCGGUGCCGACGAGCAAGACGUGCUGGGCACAGAUCCGGGGCAGACCGCUGCCGCUGCCGGCGGGCGGGCUCAACGGCGGCGAUGCGGACUCGAUCAUUGCGGAGAAGGGCGAGGUCAAGCACGUCGACUAG